GGUAAGAUAGUGACCAACAUUCCAGCUACUCAGAGAGCCUGAGGCAGGAGCAUUGCUUGAGUCCAGGAGUUUGAGACCAGCCUGGGCAACGUAGUGAAAUCCCAUCUCAACAAAAACGACAGGCAUUUUGUCAAAGGAUGUUUCGUCUUAACGCCCUUGCCGCGCUGGCAGAACUAGCCGUGGGCUCGCGAUGGUACCAUGGGGCAUCUCAGCCCACACAGAGCAGGCGAAGACUGAUGAUGGCAGCUUUCCUGGGAGCAUCGGCGGUGACGGCCAGUACCGGUCUCUUAUGGAAGAAGGCUCACGCAGAGUCUCCGCCAUGUGUCAACAGCAAAAAGCCUGACCCUGGUGAUACAGGGAAGACUAAAGAGGAAGGGGAAGUCUCCAGUCAUGACGGAAGGGCCGCGGAUGCUGGGACCGAGCCUUAUCCAGAAGAGAAGAAGAAGAAGCGUUCUGGAUUCAGAGACAGAAAAGUGAUGGAAUAUGAGAAUAGGAUCCGAGCCUACUCCACACCAGACAAAAUCUUCCGAUAUUUCGCCACCUUGAAAGUAAUCAAUGAACCUGGAGAAACGGAGGUGUUCAUGACUCCCCAGGACUUCGUGCGAUCCAUAACCCCAAAUGAGAAGCAACCCGAACACCUGGGCCUGGAUCAGUAUAUAAUAAAGCGAUUUGAUGGAAAGAAAAUUGCCCAGGAGCGAGAAAAAUUUGCUGAUGAAGGCAGUAUAUUCUACACCCUUGGAGAAUGUGGGCUCAUCUCCUUCUCCGACUACAUUUUCCUUACGACUGUUCUUUCCACUCCUCAGAGAAAUUUUGAAAUUGCUUUCAAGAUGUUCGACUUGAAUGGAGAUGGAGAAGUGGACAUGGAGGAGUUUGAGCAGGUUCAGAGCAUCAUUCGCUCCCAAACCAGCAUGGGCAUGCGUCACAGAGAUCGUCCCACCACUGGGAAUACCCUCAAGUCUGGCUUAUGUUCGGCCCUCACAACCUACUUUUUUGGAGCUGAUCUCAAAGGGAAACUCACCAUCAAAAACUUCCUGGAAUUUCAGCGUAAACUUCAGCAUGAUGUUCUGAAGCUGGAGUUUGAACGCCAUGACCCGGUGGAUGGACGGAUCACUGAGAGGCAGUUUGGUGGCAUGCUGCUGGCCUACAGUGGAGUACAGUCCAAGAAGCUGACCGCCAUGCAGAGGCAGCUGAAGAAGCACUUCAAAGAUGGCAAGGGCCUGACUUUCCAGGAGGUAGAGAACUUCUUCACUUUCCUGAAGAACAUCAAUGAUGUGGACACUGCAUUGAGCUUUUACCACAUGGCUGGAGCAUCUCUCGAUAAAGUGACCAUGCAGCAAGUGGCCAGGACAGUGGCGAAGGUGGAACUCUCAGACCACGUGUGUGACGUGGUGUUUGCACUCUUUGACUGUGACGGCAAUGGGGAGCUGAGCAAUAAGGAGUUUGUUUCCAUCAUGAAGCAGCGGCUGAUGAGAGGCCUGGAGAAGCCCAAGGACAUGGGCUUCACCCGUCUCAUGCAGGCUAUGUGGAAAUGUGCUCAAGAAACCGCAUGGGACUUUGCUCUGCCCAAAUAGUAUCCCACUUCCUACACCCUAGCACCCUGGACCCCCUGGAGUGGCCCUUCAUGCUGCUUCUGCUGCUUCUGGGAGUAGUACCCCCUCCCAUCUUUCUGGGAGUGACCUCUGGGCUCCAUGGGCUUUCCUUUCCGCCCUUCCCGGGACCAGUCAGUGUUCUGCUAGGCUCCAAGUCUGCAGUCAGAUCAAAGGUUCUAAAAAAGAACAUGGCCAAGUCUUAAAAGUGGAGACCUUUGCUCCUUUAACAAGUGCCCUGUGGAUAAGGAAUGCAGGGAGCCCUCCCAACACCUGGCAGCCUGGGAAGCACCCCCCCCCCCCUCCAGGCUCGAUUGCUAUGGAUUUAUAUUAAGAAAGUCCUCUGCUCUCCCUCCUCCUGCAGUUUCUAAGCUGCGAGUUUGGAAAUACCCUGGCAGGCAGGAGGAAGUCUGUGAUGAAUGAUAAUGAAGGCGACCGGGCACCCUGAGCUGGCAGGAGGCCUGCUCGGAGGAGGAUCCGUGGCAGACACAGUCAGCUCCAGGAAGGCUUGUGCUCCCAGCAAAAUUCCAGAUUCAAAGGGGCUGCCUCGUGGUCCUCUCCGCUCCCUCGCUCCCUCGUGUUCCUCCCAGGCUCCCUGUGACGCCUCCUCUGGGACUCCGCUUCCCCAGCAGCAAUGGCUGAGUACCUCUUAGUGUUUCCUCCCCUCCCUGUGGGCCUGCGGAGCCCAGACCCCGCUCAGAGCCCAUCUGCCCACUAAAACACUCGUAAAAUAUCACUUUAAUUACAACAGUUUGCAGUAAAUA